AUGAAUGAAGAACAAGAUGAUAUAACAGAAGAAGAAAUGUAUGAAUUUCUUCAGAAGGAAUGUGAGGAUUUGAUUGAUUAGUAUGAAAAGAUAAGACAAGAAAAUGAACAAGAAUUUAAACUUAGUGAAAAUCAUUUGAAUAGAUAUACAGAAUAAUAAAAUGAAGAUGAAAACGAAUUUGGAAGCAAUCCCGAAUUUAAUAUACCAGAAAACUUAGAUUCUAAAGAAGAUAUUGAAAAAUACAAAGAUAAAUUAUUAGAAGAAAAGAGAGCCUUAGAAUCCUAGUUUAUAGAUGUAAAUAUAGACAUUUAAAGAAAAAAAAGAUAGAUAGAAGAUUUUCAUUCAGAGCUCGAGAAUACUAAAAAAGGAAUUUAGCUAAUGGAAUCUAAGAUACAAGAAAAAGACAAAGCAAUAAAGAUAUUAGAAGAACACAUUGAAAAAUUUAAAUAAUUUUGA